UGGUUGGAGGGGAGGGUUGGGAGCAGUGGCUUGGAUCACAGCCAGCGCUGACCUGGCACCUGCUCCCCCAGCGUCACUGCGGGAUUUGUCCAGCGACUUCCCUAGCAGGGGUGUGUUAGGGGGAGUCCUCUUUCCGACUGUCGAAAUGGUUAUCAAAGUGUUUGUUGCCACAUCUUCUGGGUCCAUAGCGAUUAGGAAAAAACAGCAAGAAGUGGUGGGCUUUUUGGAAGCCAAUAAAAUAGACUUUAAGGAGCUGGACAUAGCCGGGGAUGAAGACAACAGGAAGUGGAUGAGAGAGAACGUUCCUGGGGAGAAGAAGCCUCAGAAUGGGAUUCCUUUACCUCCUCAGAUCUUCAAUGAAGAGCAGUAUUGUGGGGAUUUUGACUCUUUCUUCUCUGCAAAAGAAGAAAAUAUUAUUUAUUCUUUCCUUGGUCUGGCUCCCCCUCCUGGGUCAAAGGUGACAAAAUCUGAGGAAGCGUCUUCCCUUCCCAAUGGAGAUGUAGCAGGAGAGGCAGAGGGGGCUGCAGAGGGAACAGAGAAGGCUGAAGAAAGCGGAGAAACUGAGGCACAGAAAGAGGACAGUGAAGACACUGGCGAGCUUUCUGAAUCCCAAGAGAAGAAGGAAGAAGAGGGAGAAGAGGGAGAAAAGGGAGAAGAGGGAGAGACAGCAGAAGAGACGGAAGAGGCAACAGAGGGAGGAGCAGAGGGAGAAGCUGAAGAAGAACCCGAGGAAGAGGGAGGAGAAGAAGAAGAUUCUUAGGCUUUUCAGGCUGGUGCUUCAACUUU